AUGGAAAAAAAAGAAGAUAAUGUUAUGAGAGAAAUUAAAGUAAACAAGUUGAUUCUCAAUAUUUGUGUGGGAGAAUCUGGUGAUAGACUAACAAGAGCGGCAAGAGUUUUAGAACAAUUGACUGAACAAAAACCAAUUUUCGGAAAAUGCCGAUUUACAAUUCGAUCUUUUGGUGUUAGAAGAAAUGAAAAAAUAUCGUGUUUUGUAACAGUUCGAGGGAAAAAAGCUUUAGAAAUUUUAGAAAAAGGAUUAAAAGUUAAAGAAUAUGAAUUACGAAGAAAAAAUUUUUCAGAUACUGGUAACUUUGGAUUCGGUAUUCAAGAACACAUUGACCUUGGAAUUAAAUACGACCCAUCUACUGGUAUAUAUGGAAUGGAUUUUUAUGUACAUUUAUCUAGACCUGGAUAUAGAGUUACACGUAGAAGAAGAAAAAGAUCAACUAUUUCAAAAACACACAAAGUAACAAAAGAAGAUGCAAUGAAAUGGUUUCAAACCAAAUUUGAUGGGAUAUUAUUAAAAUAA